GUGUGGGACGAUCGUGUGCGCGUGCACAUGAGGUUGAUGUUCUAACUUUUCCCUCUUAUUGAUAAAUGAUGAUGAUGAUGAUGAUGAUAGCGCCCACGCGCAGGUUGUGGUGUUGCGAUCUGUAUGCGCGCGAAUGUUUGCUAAGCUUUUCAUUACACACAUACACAGACACGCACACACAUCCCUACAGGUGCGUGCAUGUUUCUUUUUGUAUGCACAAGUCCCGGUCACAGAUGUUGUCCCCGUGCCUAUUUACCCAAAAUUCCAUUUCACGCGGUGUGGCGUGCAUUGUUUGAAGCACGCAGGGAACGGGGGAUGGAGCGCGAGCUGCAUGGGAGACAAAUGUCCAGCGUCAAACCUCUUCUUCUCUGGACACUUUAUAAUUACGCAGACGCGCACGCACACUCGCACGCGCCAGCUGAUCCUCCUCUCGAGGAGGAAGCGCAGGAGACAUGAGUGAAACAACAAAGAGAGAUAGAGGAAGAGGACUGAUAGAGAGGAACUCGCGUUGCUCCGAGCUGGGGGACUGCGUGGGGUGUGGUGACAAGGUCUAACACCAGGAGGGCAAACUUUGUCUCCUUCUCUCUCGUUGUUUUUUUUUCUCUCUCUCGCCCUCGGUCUUGUUCUCAGCGUUUCACACAUACACACACUGGGCAUAUUUCCAUUCGCGGUGGGUUCAGGUACUCCCGGAAACUUCGCCAUUCCAUCACUUCAUCAGAAACAGAGCAAUUUCAAGUUUUAGUUCCUUUCCAUCCUUAGUUGGAGAUAAAUAUACAACUGCUAAAUUUGUUUGAGAAGUGAACAGAUGAACUUCUUGUUGUGUCUGCCUGAACUAGAAAAGACGUGGUCUUAUUUUUCAGAGGGAAACGUUUUUGUUUUAAAAAAAAUAAUAACAAUUAAGGAUUCUAGAUUAAAUAAAGACUUAAAAAAUAAUUAUUAAUUCGCAUAAUAAUCAACAGGUGUUUAAAAACCCAUUGUAGGCUUUUAGUUUGUUUUGUUCGUCGGUUUGUUCUGAGGUGGGACAUUUCCGACUACCCCUGAAGGCAGCGUGAGGGAAACGAUAGGAGACGAGAAACACGCAGAGAGAGAGAGAGAAACAGAAAGAGGAGAGUGACAGAGAAGAACCUGUGCUCUUCUACAGCACCGGGAGAUAGGAAUUCACCAGAGAUCACAAUUUAUUGUCCCGAAUUUUAUAUUUUCUUUUUUGACAAACUCAGUUCGGGUUUUCUCUCCUCUUUUUGUUGCUGUCAGUGUGCAAAUAGAGUGGACUCCCUAUCUCUGCGUCUCUGUGUUCGUGUAUCUCUACUGGAUCUUCACUUCUGAGGCUGUGUACAGUUUUGGUUUUGGAGAACUGCACCGGUUUGUUUUUUCCUGCGAGGUUUUUUGAGCCGAGUGCUGCUUUAACUGGUCCUGUGAUGAAAAUGUUACCAUGACAAAUGACUGGAAAUACACUAAAACUAAGGCUAACGAAGCCAGAUCAAGGAGUACAAAAAGUAUUGUGGAUCAGCAGAACCUGAGAAAAAUACCCUUAAUCGACAAUGACAAUUAGGACCUGAAAAAGAAACUGAUAUGUUGAGUUUUUACUUGAGUUCAUUGACUUUAUUAGUGUCUUGAGAUCUCAGUGUGGCAUUUCACCUGACAGGACUGAUACAGAAAUACAUCUCUAGAUGUACUUCUCUAGAUAGCAGGGAUUUCCAAUGUUUCUGAACCUGUGAACAAGCAGGUACAAAAGGGGGUUUCAUCCAUACCAUGAAUCCUAGAGACAGCGUAGAGCUCAUGGAGACCCAAGAGAAGCUGACUGGCAAAAAAGCCAACACUGAAAAGGAGUUUGAAGGUGAGGAUGACAAAAUCCCAGAGGCAUAUAACUGCAACAUCUGUGGACGCAGCUUCCCUUUCCUCAGCUCGUUCUCGCAGCACAUGAGACGCCACACGGGCGCACGCCCUUAUAAAUGUCCCUACUGCGACCACAGGGCAUCUCAGAAGGGCAACCUCAAAGUCCAUAUCCGCAGCCACAAACUGGGCACGCUGUCCAGCCACCACUCUAAUGAGGACGAAGAGGGCGGGGCAGAGGAAGAGGAGAUGAAAGUUUCUGAGGGUCUGGAUGGAGGCACCAGUCCAACUAAGAGCAGCUCUGCCUGUAACAAGAUGAUCAACGGGGAUGUCGGAGAGGAGAGUCGAAGGAAAAUGCCAGCGCGGAGCAUGAAAAGAGAAAAGUCUGUCAGCAACCAGCGGCCGUUUUGUUGCCGCCUGUGUGGGUACGAGGCCCUGCGGGAAGACCAGCUCCUGAGCCACAUUGAGAAAGUCCACAUAACAGCAGACGCAGAAGAGGACACAGUCACGGUUAAGGAAGAGGUCAUUACCGAGCCUGAUAUCGUCCAGCCGCAAAGCGAUGGGACAUUCCCCUGCGAGACCUGUGGCCAGGUGUUCAGCCAGGCCUGGUUUCUGAAGUCACACAUGAAGAAACACGCCGGAAUCCUUGACCACUGCUGCCGAAUAUGUGGAAGAAGGUUCCGCGAAGCUUGGUUUCUCAAGUCUCAUAUGAAAACCCACAAUACCAGGUCCAGGUCUCGCUCCAAAGCAGAUUCGGCAGAGCCUCCCAUCACUAUAAAUGACGUAGCACAAGAUCCCGACAUAACGACAACUUCUGUUACAUCUGUCUAUCAGAUGUGCUCGAAAUGUGGAAACCUUUUCCACAGCAAAGAAAGCCUGAGAGCCCACGAUAAAGUUCAUAGUCCUAAUUUUGGCAGAAAAUCCCCAGUCCACUGCAGGUCUACUGAUGAUGAGGAUUCACCAGCUGCGAAGAGACGUCUCCUGGAAUACUUUAACCUACAAUGCGUUGAGGGAAAGACACCGGGUGAAGAAGAGGAAAGCGAGAAAAGGACUCUUGGUCAAAGAAUUCCAGAACUAGAUCCAGUUUGCAGCUACCAGGCUUGGCAAUUAGCCACUAAAGGAAGAGUCGUGGAGCCAGUGGAGCCAAGUUACAAAGCUUCAUAUGGCGGAGGGAGCCUGGAGGACGAAGCCCUUACCGAUACUGCAGUGGUUUAUGAGAAGGAGAACAGCCGUUAUGUCUUGCAAGGCCAAGAAAAACGCAGCUCAGGGAGACGGAGCAGCUCAGGGUUGGGAAGCCACACAUCUUCAGGUGACAGGACACCGGAGAGCCUCAGUGACUCAGAGUACCGCCCCUCAAGUCGACAGGACAAACGACGACCAUCCCAGUCACAAGCGUCUUUUUCCAAGGGCAAAGAGUGCUUUGAGUGUGGCAAGAUGUUCCGCAGCCGCCAUCAGAUGAUUGUCCACCAGCGGGUUCAUAGGAAGGAUGGCGGCAGGGCACCAGCGGGAGACAAGGAAAGAACUGGAAGGGAUGAUCAGUGGGGACCCACCAGUGACCUGGAGUCCGGUUCCCCCAGCAGACCCAGCACCCCAGGGUAUGGAGAUUCCCCACCUGCGUCGACGCUUGGAGAUCAGGCUUCCGAGAUGGGAACCUCAAACUCUGGCGAAAUUGCAGAUGAAAAGCCGUACAUCUGCAGCCUUUGUGACUUUGUCACCGCAGAGUCACAGGCUUACUUCACCCAUGUUCGUGUGCAACACCAGACUGCCUCCAAAGACAGACCCAGCCCUGUCCCCAGUCCCAGCUCCAGCUCAGACAGAGGGUCCCUCCGCAGUUAUCCCAAACUUAAGAAAGCUUUUACUCCAGGGCUAAAAACCUCUCCAAAUGCUUAUCUCUCUUCUCGUCCUUCUUCAUCUGAUCCCGCCAUGAUCCCGAUGGAUUUAUGUGUGAGAGCCAAUGGGAUCAGGGGCGUAGCCUCCAUAACUUUAGAUAAAAAGAACCUCCCAAGCCAUAAGUGCUCCUUCUGCUCUCACUCCACCCGCUACCCAGAGGUGCUCUGGAUGCAUCAGACUGUGGCUCAUCGCAUCAAUAGCAGCAGCUCCAAUCUGGCUCCAAAAUGGGCUAUUAAGAACAACUCUAAGACCUCCAGGGACAGCUCUUCGUCCUCAAAGAGACGCACCGGACCUCCACCUGUACUGGAAGGGAAGGAAUGUCAGCCGCUCCCUCAGACGGUGCGGAGCCAGCGGACGCAGCCUCCUACCUGCACCAGUGAGGUUGUGAAAAAGAGCAGGCCGGUCAGUCACGCAGUCACCCCAUCAUCAUCUUCUACACCUUGUACACCAUCCUCAAGAAUCUCUUCAUCCACAUCUGGCAAGCAGGUCGGGAAAGUCCCCGUUCGGCCGGUUAGCAGCAGCACCAGUAAACGUAUGGAGGACCAAAGUCAGCGCUUCAGACCCAAGGUGGAAAUAUAUCCUCGUGUCAGCGCUCAGGCACCUUCUGGCUCUUUGGAGAAGAACACCGGGAGCCGCUCUCGACCGCCUGCAUCAGGCCUCAGCUCCUCCGGACCAUCCAGGAUGGCAGACCGCUACAUGAUGCCUCAGGAGGGCCUGGGCUUCAUGCUGUCCAACCAACACAGCCUCUCAGAGUACAGCCGAGCCAGGGGCUCCCCUCAUCAACCGCUCCCUGGUUCCCAAAUCCACAGUCGCCCAACCCCUUCAAGACCCAACACAAACAUCAACCACUGUUUGCCCACAACGCACAACUACGGCGUCUCCCAGACUCAGGGAGCCGUGGCGCAGGCUUCUUCCUCCCCCUCAUCAUCUUCGAUACCAUCAGAGAGCCGUAGGGAUGUGAAGCAAGAGCCGAUUGGAGAGACACCAGACACCUCAACUGACGUCCUGGGCUACCUUAAGAAAUACAACCCGCACAAUCUGGCUCCUUUCUACCACCACUGGGGUGCGGCCAACUCUCUGAUGGACCCCACAGGGAUGCUGAGGUCUCUGAUGCGGCAGGGCCAGUGCUUCUGCCGCGAGUGCGGGAAAAGCUUCAGCCAGCCGAGCCACCUGCGCACGCACAUGAGGUCCCACACAGUUGGGUUUGAUUAUAACGGACUCCACCGAGGUACUGACGCUCACACCACCGCUUCUGAAGCUCCCAAACAAGGGAAAGGCCAUUCUGCUGCCAGCUCUGCCCAUACCGAGCAUCUCAGAAAGGGAACCUAAAGACGCACGUGCAGAGCGUCCACCACAUGCCUUUCGACAACAGCCAGUGCCCCGACACGAGGAGCUCGUCCCUGAGCCAGGAGGAGCAGAGCCCAGCGGCCGCCAAACACGUACCAAAUCUGCAAUGACGCCGACGACAGACCUUACUGUGAUUAACUGGACCGCAGCCUCGGCUCAGACGACUCCUGAAACCCAAAAUCUGAACCCUACACUCUCGAUUGACUCGUAAUUCUGGAGGAAUGAGGGUUCUUUUAGGAUUUCUUAAUAUUUUUUUUUUCUUUUCUUUUGCGAAAAGGCCUGCCAAGAUAUGUAAAAUUACAUAAAAAAAACCAAACAUGAAUCUGAAAAAAAUUUCUGACGACGACAUGAAAAGACGUACAAGCCGAUUGUGAGGAAAUGAAGAUUGAAAAAUAUUGAGUGUCUUCUCAGCUGGACUCAACAAAUCUUAAAUCCUUUGCAACGUUUCGGUCAUCUUUUGGACAUAAAUGCUUGUGUCAUGUGAAGGAUUCCUGAAUCUUUUUUUGUUUUUGUUGUUGCCGUCAGAAUUAAAAUCCCUCUCUUGCUUUCGUGUUUGAGGUGUAAAGUUGCCAAGUGCAGCCUUAAAGAAACAUGUCAAGUGUCUAUAAAGACGCAAAAAGUCCUUUUGUACGGAGCUGGUUUAAUCAUAAACAGUGGAUGUACUCGAUGGCCACCGUUGUCCCUCAAAUGCUCGCUUUUUGGCUUCGUUGUACAUGAGUAUGGACAAAUCAACAGCAGAAGAGGAUGUCCUCUGGAUUCAAAUUCAGAGGAGGACAAAUUACAAUCCGCUCACCACAACUUCUUCACUGCGGGAAGCUGAGGACCACAAGUCGCCACUUAGAAGCCUCAGGGAGGGGCGGGAUAAGAAAGGAAGAAAGAGAGAACGCUAAAGAUGAUGUCUGCUUAAGUGCUCAUUAAGAAAAACAGAAGGAAAGAUGUGUUUUUAAUAGCCAAUAUAAAUGAGCAUCCCAUUUUUAAGGCCAUUCAUUUAUUGUCCAUUUACAAUGAAGAGUUUUUCUUUGUAACCUGUUCAUAAAAACUUUCUGGCUCUAAAUUAGGCCAAAGCUUCAACGUCAAGAGUAGCAGGGAGGAGUCUGCAGUGUGUGCACUUGGAAAAAAAAAGUAAAAAAAAAAGAAGGAAUUGGUACUAUUGAAAAAAAAAAAAAAAAAAAAAUCCUAUAAGAAACACUUGAACUUUUCUGCAUAUUGAUCCGCAAAACAACCUACGUGAUUACAACUCAUUGUUCUGGGUUUUAAGACAAAUCACAUUUUCAUCUUAUGAUUUGCGCCAUCAGUUUGGAGAAACGUAGCGUUGAUUAAACUGCUGGUUAUUAUGAAUAAGACCUGAAAGCCUGGUUAUACUGGGAAGGUGACAAUAUGGGAGCUGAUGUCAAAAGUAAAGAAACUGGACAGAAAAUAUCUAAUACGGGAGAAGAACAAUCUAAAAACAAACCAUCAGUGAAAGCUUUAAGCUUCUAUUGUAAAACUAUUAAAGCUCAAUCAGUUAAUGUUGGUUAUUUCAGGAAACGUGGUAUUUCUGUUGCAACGGUUAAACUAGAGAUGCACCGAUUGGUGAAAAGAUGCAUGUGAAAUUUUGAAUUUACACUAUUUUAUACAUGCAUUCAAAAUGUUUGUACCCUUCCUGGCGGGAGCAGUUAUCGAUUGCUCAAAUAGGAACAGAGGGGACGUCACACUGUGUGCAAGUGUUACUCUUAUUCUAAAACAAAGAUCAAAUGAUUCCACAGUUAUUUAGCACCAUAUGUAUCCCAUAUCUGUUCGAAGGCCGAAUGCUCUUUCAAAACCCUUAAGCGCUCACUGAUACUGAAACUAGCCUACUUCAAAACUUCUUCCUUAGGUAGCAACUUCCACACCAAGGAGUGUUGUUGCUGAUGAACGAUGGAGGCCAGUCCCUGUCAUUCAGUGCCUCUCUACGGUUGAUACAACUCAGUACCAUUCAACCCCUACAUAAGCUGUGUUUUGUUAAAUUUUACUUUCAACGUGCCUCAUUUGCAAAAUAUUGAAAAAAAAAAUACUUUUUUUUUUAGCUAAUGUCAACAUGAGAAAUGAGGACUUACAUAAGCAUGCCAAUCCGUAACCACAUGUUGAAGAUUUGAAGAGACAGCAGAGCCACUCUCCAAUGCUGUGGGUCCAGUUCUGUGAAUGAUGGUGUCUAGAUCUGUAUUCUGCUGAUAGGAGGUCAGCGGUCAGAGGUCAGGAGAUGAGAUUUCUUGGGAUUUUGGGGAUAUACACAACCGGAGUUGGUGAAGGGGGAGGCUUAUUUUGAAGCCCUCGGAAACAUAGAGCUGUCACAACCUUAACGGGGUUAGUGUUGGUUUAGAUUGUCACCUUUCCAAACCUUCUAUUUUCUGCGUCUCUGUCUCGAUGUUCUUUAUACUAUCCUACCUCCUUCGCAAUGAAAACCUGUUAAAAGUUUGUCGCAAUGAAGCUGAACUCAUUAGCUCUGCUCGCUUGUCACCCUUAGAACAAAAAAAAAAAAAAUCCCUCACUUGAAAUCAGACAUGCCUGGAUGAAACGAGGAAACGACACAAGCGAAAGCAGCUCCAGACUUUUCAAGAGCCGACUUCCUGGACUGAGAAACCUGAACUGUAAAGCUAACGAAAAGGCGUUUUGUACUCUUGUUUCAAGAUGGCAGUACUUUUUACAUGCUUCUAGGUUGUCUUUUUUUGUAAUGCAUACAAUGCCAUGUGCUUGAAUUUGCCUAAUUUAUACACACGUGUGUGUGUGGGUGUAUGUGUGGGCGUGUCGGUGUGUGUGCACAGAAGGUGUGGGUAGUUAAAAUACUUGAAAUGGAUCCUCUAGCCUUUGGGGGUAGUAUAGUACUAAUACCAAUGUUGUACAGAAUUCCCUUUAAGAUUAACUCCUCAGAGUUUGUACUCCAAAGUGUGACUUAGAAAACUGUAAAGCAGGAGUGAGUGUGUGUAAAAACAAAGUGUAUCUGUAACCCACUUUUACCAAACCCUUUAUAAGCAGCAGUAGAAACCAAAUGGCAUUACUAGUGCACUUAGGCUAGGUUAGCGCUUUAACUAGUUUCAUUUGUCUCCACGUCCAGUUAAGAUUUCUUUGAGAAUGUCUCCCUCUUUUUUUUUCUUUUUCUUUCUUUUGUUUUUUAAAUUGGUGCCGGCUAACAAACUUAAGUGUCAUUCUUGAUAUAGAUGCUUUUUUUUUCUUUUUAUUAGACUGAUUCCAGAUAUUCCAAUGAUUAGAAAAAAAUAAAAAUGAAAUAAAGAUUUAUCACAUGAAGGCUGUACAGCACAGCUUUUUAGUGUGUUCUCUAUGAAAAGAUGGAUAUUGCUAGCUACAACUGUGCUUUUUUUAAAAUAAUUUUGUCUCUUUUUUUCAGUUUAGAGCUUAUUUUCCCUUAACUGUAGGAUUUACUCAUUAGCUAGUCAAAGCAGCCACCCCAGAGGGACAGGCAGGUGUUUCUUUUUUGUUUUGUUUUUUUAUUAUUAUUUCCAUGCCUAUUAUAUUGUGUUAUUUUUGUCUGUAUUGCUGUUUUUUUUAUAACUUGUUUUGGUCUAUGAUUAAUUUACCCUAGGAAACAUUAUUAUUCCAAAUGUACUUGGUUGAGAUCUGUAUUUAUUAUCACUUCAAACACGAUGAGAGGACAGGAGCGAGACGGGGGCCGCUUGUUUUCAUUUGAUUUUUCCAGGUUGGUUUUUUUCUACAGUGUAGUUUUGUUUUGUUUUUUCGCUUUGUUUUUGAAGCCAGCAAGCCGUCGUGAAAGCUCUACCUCGUCUGAGCCAUUCUCAGUUCUGCUACACUUUUGUACGUCGUUUCAGAAAGAUGUAACAUCAUGUCCACAAUAAAGAUCAAUACGCAAAUAUG